AUGGUACAGAACAGAACAGAACAGAAUACCGUUCUAGAUCACGGCGAACAAACCUUGUCGGGUUUUGGGUGGCAUUCCUCGGAUGCUUCAGUCCCUCGCAUAGUUUCACUUGGACUCGUACUAGCUAGAAGUGAGACGAGAGAAACCAGCCUCCCCGCAAGGAUGGACAAUCACGAUAAGGCGGGAAAGAAAGAGAGAGAGAGAGAGAGGGGCGAUGAGAUCACGAUCAGCAGCAUUCCGCAGGUGGAGCCUUUCUCUUCGUCCUCGCUUCGCCGCUGCGCCCAAAACCCGCGCCGUCUCCAGCAUCCCCAGUUUUCUGCGCCCAUCGGCUGCUGCAGAGGAGCUCCAUCGACGUCAGCCGGUCCAUGGGUUGCCGAUCCGAGUUUUCUGUCCGGAGUCUACAACUCACCUCACAACCAGUCCGAUCCUCGCCAACUCUAA